AUGAUCCAAGCAAUACAAGUACUAAGGUUCCACCUUUUGGAAUUAGAAAAGGUUCAUGAAUUGUGUGAUAACUUCUGCCAUCGGUACAUUAGUUGUUUGAAAGGAAAAAUGCCAAUAGACCUCGUUAUUGAUGAAAGGGAUGGCAGCUCCAAAUCAGACCAUGAAGAACUCUCAGGAUCUUCCACAAACUUAGCCGAUCAUAAUCCUUCAUCUUGGAGAGACCAUGAUGAUGCAACCUCAACGCACUCAGCAGGCACACCGGGGCCCUCCAGCGGGGGCCACGCUUCCCAGAGUGGAGACAACAGCAGUGAGCAAGGAGAUGGUUUAGACAACAGCGUAGCCUCACCUGGUACAGGAGAUGACGAUGACCCAGACAAGGACAAAAAGCGUCAGAAGAAAAGAGGCAUUUUCCCCAAAGUAGCAACAAAUAUCAUGAGAGCGUGGCUUUUCCAGCAUCUCACACAUCCAUAUCCUUCAGAGGAGCAGAAGAAACAGUUAGCCCAAGACACGGGACUUACAAUUCUACAAGUAAACAACUGGUAA